CGUCUACCUCUUCCAAAUCCCCACCCCGCCCCACUUUUCCGCACUCCACCCAGCGUCCGGAUCCCAUCUCACCUAGCGGCGCUCAUGUGACACUCCGGCUCGCGCUCUUGCUCACGCUCAGGCUGACGCUCUGCAACCCACCGUCCACGCGGCUGUUCCAACUGGAGCUUGGGCGUAUCUAAUUAAGCCACCGGGUUGGAAUCGGGGGCGAUGGGGCAGGAGGGGAUGGGCUACAGCAGCGGAAAGGCCGGCGGCGGUGGGGGAGGGGCCCUACCGAUGACGGCGGCGCGGGCGCGUGGGGCGUCGCCGCUCAGCACCCACCAUCGGUCGCGGAAGAUCAGCCGCACCUUCAACAACGUCAAGAUCACCGUGCUCUGCGGCCUCGUCACCAUCCUCGUCCUCCGGGGUACCAUUGGGCUCAACCUCUCCCUUCCGUCCCAACCCUCCGACGCCGAUGCCCUCGCAGGCGCCAAGGCCGUUGAGGACAUCGACCGCAUCCUCCGCGAGAUCCGCUCCGACUCCGACCCCUCCGACCCCACCGACAGCGACCUCGACUCCUCCAGCGUCCUUUCCAAUGCCACCGCACUCAACUCCUCGGAAGCCGCCGCCGCCUAUGCCGCCGCCGUGGGCAACCACGCGCUCGGUCCCAACGUCUCUGGCUGGGACGAGCAGCGCCGACGGUGGCUCGCGCAGAACAAGGGCUUCCCAGCCACUGUCCCCGGCGGCAAGCCCAGGAUCCUGCUUGUCACGGGGUCGCAACCAGGCCCCUGUGACAACCCGCUUGGCGACCACUACCUGCUCAAGAGCACCAAAAACAAGAUCGACUACUGCCGCUUCCACGACAUCGAGAUUGUUCACAACCUUGCGCACCUCGACAACGAGCUCGCUGGUUACUGGGCCAAGCUACCGCUGCUACGCCGACUUAUGCUCUCCCACCCGGAGGUCGAGUGGAUCUGGUGGAUGGACAGUGACGCCCUAUUCACCGACAUGGCCUUUGAGCUGCCCCUCUCGCGCUAUGACAACCAUAACCUCAUCAUUCACGGUUAUCAUGAUCUCCUCUUUGAGAAGCACUCUUGGAUCGCGCUCAACACCGGCAGCUUCCUCUUCCGGAACUGCCAGUGGUCACUCGAUCUUCUCGCUGCGUGGGCUCCUAUGGGGCCCAAGGGCUUCAUCCGCGAGGAAGCCGGGAAGAUACUCACCGCAUACCUGAAGGGCCGUCCAGCAUUCGAGGCUGACGACCAGUCUGCGUUGAUAUACCUCUUGCUCUCGCAGAAGGAGAAGUGGAUGGACAAGGUGUAUAUAGAGAAUUCAUACUACUUGCACGGUUUCUGGGCUGGGCUGGUGGACAAGUACGAGGAGAUGAUGGAGAACCACCAUCCAGGGCUUGGGGAUGAGCGGUGGCCAUUCGUGACACACUUUGUCGGGUGCAAGCCAUGCGGAAGCUAUGGUGAUUACCCAGUAGACCGGUGUCUCAAGAGUAUGGAGCGGGCAUUUAAUUUUGCCGAUAACCAGGUGCUGCGCCUGUAUGGUUUCGCACACAAGGGGCUGGAAAGCCCUAAGAUCAAAAGGAUCAGGAGUCAGACCACAAAGCCUAUUAACGACAAGGAGAACCUUGAUGUGAAGGCCAAGAUGUCGACCACUUCUUGAAGCUACUGAAGAUAAGGCAAUAGCAUAGGCUCUCUUCAAGUUAAGAUUGCACAUGUUAUGUUUAUCAUGAACUUAAAUGUGGUAGGAGCUCAAAUCAGAUGGAAAUAUCUCAGUUUUGUACUCAAUUUCAUUUCAGUGCUACUUUCUUGCGGGACAAGUACCCCUAAUGUGGUUUUGGUAUCUUGUAGUGAUUUGUGUUCUAUGUAGAGUUGAAGUGCAGUUUUGAAGCAAAGCUAAUUGCUUAGCUAAUUUAGAACAUUUGGCCCUAUAGGCUAUAAUAGUGCUAUGUUAACUGGAAAUAUUUAGCCCUAUAAUAAGAUCCCGCGGGGCAUAUGUGCCAAUGGAGGUCCUCAUGCUCCAAACUUUGUUACUCCCUCUUAUCUAUAUUAAUUGUCGUUGAUUUUGUACUAAAUCAGCGACAAUUAAUAUGGACGGAGGGAGUAGUUCAUUUCGUAUGUCUUGUUCGAUGGUGGUAUUUACCGAAUUGCCAUCUUUAGUGCCUAGAUAUGUUAGUCCAAAAAUGUUUCAUGGAACCAUUGAAGAAAAUAUGCGAUCUGAGCAUAUCACAAGUGGCUAGAUUCCUUGUGAUAGAAUCUGUCCACCUAGGUUACAGUCCUAAACUUGGCAUGGGUGUUUCCAUUUUUUAGCGGUAUGGUGUACCUGUUAAGUACGAUGUGUCCAUGGUCACUUCGUCAAUCUAAAGAUUUCCAUUUGGAGUUCAUUUUUCAAAGAAAAAACUACUAGUAUUUAAGAGAAGAUAGUAUCUCACCCACUUGUAAUGAAUUACAUUACAUAUUUUAAAUAAUGGUAAUAGUAGAAGAUAAGGAAAAGAUGGCCCUUAUUUACAACAAUGCAAGCUGCUUACAGAGGUGUUUCGUUAAAUAGUCCAAUUUUUGUGGAAGCAUCAGUGCUUAUAUCAUAGUGCUGGGGACAAUCCGUAUUUUGUGGAAACACCAGUGCUUAUAUCUAUAGCUGGGGUGUGUAGUUAAGCAUCUGCUCUCUACGAAUAAGUACUGGUGCCUAAGGUAAAGCCGGUUUAUUUUUCUAGACACCUUUGCUCCCCACAAAUAAGCACCGAUGCUUAAGGUAAAGUCUGUUUAUUUUUCUAAACAUCUUGCAUUGUACAUGAUCUUGGUUGCGGACUUGGUUUAGUUCAAAGUCCGUUAGUCUUGGCUAUUGAGUUGGGUUGGAGUCCGUCUUUGGAAUUGUAUGCAUUUGACAUUCGAAGUUAUCCUCAGUGAACUAUGUAUACACUUGUUUUCAGAUUGAUUUUAUUGAAAUCUAUAUUGUGAAUGAA